UGGAAUGACGAGUUGAGCACUCUUUUUGAAUCACAGAUGAAAUCAUUCUCAGUAAAACUUUUCUCAUUCUACGAGACUAUAAAUGACGUACUUAUGUAUAUAGUGUUUCAAAAACCUUUGACUUGAACGUCAACUUCAACUAAUGUUUCGAUGAACAGCAGUUGAGAUUUGGUCAUUAUUAUGAUGCUGUGUAUAAUGUUCUGCCAUUUGACAUGUAAAUCAUGUCCAUAGGGAAUUGACUAGAUGAACAUAGGUCUAGAUCAACUAUAUGAAGUUAAACCAGCUAUUUUGUAGCAUUAGAGGAAUGCAAAACUACUUGACGAUCUUAAAUCUGUUUUGAAUUUGUGUUAUACGUCCAGGAUGAUCUAAUAUUACAGAGGUCAUUGGUCUUUAUAAAUUCUGAUGAUUCGGCAUUUUCAUAAUAAGGAAGUGUGUUCUUCACAUCAGUGUAGACUUUUUAUCUGUGGUAAAACAUAUUUUGUUCAUGAGGGUCAAAUUCUCCAGUAUACAUUUGUGAGAUUCUUCAAAACCAAACCAGGAGUAAACCAAAUUCACCGAUGAAAAUACUUUCAUUACAUGUUGUACUGUGUAUAAUGACAACAGAUCCGUUAUGAAGGGAUGAAGAUAAUAUAUGUCGGAGGUCCUUAUUUAGAAGGUUUCUCACAGGACCCCAACGUGACCGGUCAGUUUGGUGGGUCGGAGGGACGGCAAUAUGGCCGUGACUUUGUCAUCGACAAUGUCGUCCACAUCAGUGUACCUACUGCAGAGGGCAAGAAGUUCAAAUGUGUCUACUGUAAGAUGCACAGUGUGCGCACCAAGUCUGGCUGGCACGUAGACACGCGACUUAAGUGUUCUGUGUGUGACGUCCCCUUGUGUCGGGGUCGGGGCUGUUUCCUCCAAUACCACCAACGGUAUCACCAACAAAUACAGUCUGCCUUAACUGGGGUUCAGUCUGGCGGGGUCAAGUGACCGGUGACUGGUCGGACGACAACAUGUGUCAGUUACUAGGCGAAUCUGUUCGGAAUAGAUUUGAAAUAUUCUGUGAUGUUAACAUGAAUAAUGCUGCAAUCUGUUGGAUCAUGCACUUUCGUGGCGUUCUAUUUAUUGGAUGUAGUUGAAGGAAAUUUCAGUUCAGUUGAUGGAAAUUUCAGUUUGAUUUUAAAUAUCUUUACGAGGAGUAAAAUUGGUAUCUAUAUUACAACAAGAAAUCGCCUUACUGAUGUGUGUUUGAGUGAUAGUACUUUGAAUAUUGAGUGAAUUGAAUACAUUACCAUAUGAGGACCCAAACAAUAAAAUAUUAAGGUGUUGAGUUCAAACAACAAAGACACACUAAUCCCAUUUACUGCUAAUGACCAAGGUAUGCCAUACUUGAGUAGUAUUUAUUGAGGAUGCGUUUCAGUUGUGGUAAAAAAUUAUUAGGAACUUGAGGCAUGCUGGUGAAAGGGAGUUAUAGAUCUAUGGCAUUGUUUAACUUGUGAUUCAAGGUUAUGACAAUUCUCUUUUACUCCC